AUUGUUAUACAAAGUCAAUCCACCCGUGCGUAUCGCAAUGAAGGCAGUCUUACUAAUAUGUGUUCUGGCUCUGGCAGCCCCGGUUAUCCUGGCCCGCACCAUGGACCGAUGCUCCUUGGCCCGAGAGAUGGCCAAACGGGGUGUACCCCGCGGCGAGCUGGCCAGGUGGGCGUGUAUCGCCGAGCAUGAGAGCUCCUACCGCACUGGAGUGGUGGGACCCACGAAUCCGGAUGGAUCCAACGACUACGGACUCUUCCAAAUCAAUGAUCGCUACUGGUGCCAGCCGGCCAGCGGAAAAUUCUCCUACAAUGGUUGCCGCAUAAACUGUAACGAUUUGCUAACCGAUGAUAUUUCCAACUCCGUGAGAUGUGCUCAGGCAGUUAUGGGAGCCCAGGGAUGGUCAGCCUGGUCCGUUUGGCGUUUCUGCAGCGGAUAUCUGCCACCAAUCGACGACUGUUUCAAAUAGAUUCUGACAUUGUUUUCUUAAAUUGACGCAUAUGUGCAUAAAAAGAUAAUAUUGGCUUCUGUAUUCAUUAAUAUUAAAACGAAGAUAUAAUAUUUUCUAUUGAAAAA